GGUGCCAGUUUUGAAGCGGGACGGGUCAAUAAGAGUAUGCGGUGAUUACAAGUUGACACUGAACCCCAUACUUGACGUAGAACAUUACCCGUUACCCAAGCCCGACGAGCUGUUUGCAGCCCUCGCUGGCGGACAGCAAUUUUCUAAAAUUGAUCUUAACAGGGCGUACCAGCAAGUAGAAAUGGAUGAAGAGUCAAAACGGUACCUGACGCUUAAUACCCACAAGGGUCUUUACGCCGUGAAUCGCCUACCCUUCGGAAUUGCUUCGGCACCCGCAAUAUUCCAGAAAAUAAUGGAUAAUGUCUUGAAGGGCCUCAACUUCGUGUUUUGCUACAUUGACGAUAUCCUAAUUACGGGACGCUCAAAGGAAGAACACUUGCACAACCUUGACGCAGUUCUCAAAAGACUGUCAGAACGUGGAAUUCGCGUCAAGCCGUCGAAGUGCGAAUUCUUUCGUGACGAGCUGACUUAACUGGGCCAUGUAAUCAACAAACACGGCAUCCACCCAACGGACGAAAAACUGGCUGCGAUAACCAAUGCACCGGCGCCAACUGAUAAGCACCAACUUCAAUCGCUGCUGGGCCUUAUCAACUACUAUGGAAAGUUCGUUCCAAACUUAUCCACUGUUCUUUUCCCCUUAAACAGGCUUUUGCAGAAAGACGCCGCCUGGGAUUGGAACACGGCUUGCGACCGCGCCUUUCAGCACAUCAAGCAGCUGCUUUCGUCAGCUCCGAUCUUGGCGCACUAUGAUCCAAGCCUACCCCUGCAGUUAUCCUGUGAUGCGUCCGCCUACGGGGUAGGUGCAGUGUUGUCACACAUUUUUUCCGACGGCCAGAUAAGGCCAAUAGCUUAUGCCUCACGCACCUUGAGUCGUGCUGAGAAAGGCUAUAGUCAAUUGGAAAAAGAAGCCUUGGCUCUUGUGUUCGGCGUUAAAAAAUUUCAUUACUACGUGUAUGCAAGGCAUUUUGUUUUGCUCACGGACCACAAGCCUUUGGCUACAAUUGUUGGUCCGAAGACUGGCAUACCAGCAAUUGCCGCCGCAAGACUACAACGAUGGGCAGUUGGCUUGUCGGCCUAUUCUUUUUCAUUGAAGUUCCGGCCUUCUACGCAGAACGCUGACGCAGAUUGCUUUUCUAGGCUGCCAAUAACACAGUCGAUGGUCGAAGAGCAGGAAGAAUCUUUUUAUGACCUACGCUUUGACACUAUGCCGAUCAACAGCAAUGAUAUUGCCCGUGAAACUUCACGUGAUGCCACUUUGCGUACUGUGACUCAUCAUAUCCUGUCAGGCUGGCCGCGUAGUGUACCGGACGAGAUCAAACCCUUCUUUCCUAGAAGACUAGAACUGUCCAUACAUCGAGGAUGCAUCAUGCUGGGAAUGCGCGUACUUGUUCCCGAAAAAUUUCGCACGUUCAUUUUGGACGAGUUGCAUCAAGGUCAUCCAGGUGUUGUUCGUACCAAAGAACUAGCAAGGAGCUACGUUUGGUGGCCUACUAUCGAUAGCGACAUAGAGCGUUUCACCGCGUCUUGCACCGAUUGCGCGGCUAAUCGCAAUUUGCCACCUAAAGCGCCCUUACAUCCUUGGGCAUGGCCUACGCGCCCUUGGCAACGGUUGCAUGUCGAUUUCGCUGGCCCGAUAAACGGAGUGACGUAUCUCGUGGUGGUUGAUGCACAUUCAAAAUGGCCAGAAGUGUUUCCAAUGCGGACAACCACCACUGAAGCAACCAUUUCAUGCCUACAUGAACUGUUUUGCAGAUUCGGAUUCCCCGAGACCUUAGUGUCCGACAACGGUACUCAGUUCACUUCUGCAGAUUUCCAGGAGUACCUGCAGCGAGUAGGGACCAGACACGUGAGAACAGCUCCGUAUCAUCCCAGCAGCAACGGUCUGGCAGAACGUUUCGUCCAGACGCUGAAGGGUGCACUUCGGAAGUCCAGCCGACCCACAUCACCGUCGGAGCUCGCAGACUUCCUCCUGUCGUACCGCAACACUCCGCAAGCGACUACCGCAGAGGCACCCUCUAUUUUGCUGUUGGGGAGGCGCCUCAGGACUAGGCUAGACCUCAUCAGGCCCUCCGUUGAGGAGCGGGUCGCCCGCAAACAGUUCCAGGACACCAGUCGCCGCAGGCACCGUGCAACUACCUUUAGCGAAGGAGACUUCGUGCGUGUCCGAAAUUUUCGCCGCGGACCAAGGUGGUUCAGUGCUACCAUUCUCGCCCGCACCGGCCCAGUGUCGUAUCGUGUUAGUGUUGUGACCCCCCGGGGUGUGUGUGAGUGGGUGCGUCAUCGCAACCACAUAGUACGCGCUCCUGACUCUGACGACACAGUGAUCACAGCCACCGACUUCCAAGAUGAAGACGACGUCACUGCUGGCACAGACACUAGCAGCAGCACCACCGAGCCUGUGGAACAGCCGCCGACACACCUGGAAGCCGCCGAGCAGGGUCGCCGCUACCCACUACGUCAGCGCAUACCUCCGGACCGCUACGGCACCUAAUCCUACUACGGGACAAUAAACAAGUGUGGGGGAGAUGAUAUGUCGCGCGCCUAGGCGAUAAGGCGUCACAGCUAGGCAUGCGCUGUGGUGGCGGCGCAGCGUUAUCACCUUUUGGUUGUGCUUAAAAGCGCCGGCAUACAAGCUGGCGUGUGCUUUCAUUACUGUAACAUUGAACCGGGCAGUUCGCCCGUUGCUGUUAAGUUGAUGGCUAAAUAAAGCCGUAUUGUUUUCGCUCCACCGUUGCGCUGUC